AUGCCACAAAAAGGUCACCGACGAGGACGUUCCUCUACAUCUUCCCUGGGCUCGCGACUUGGCAUCUCAAUUCACAGCGCGUUGUUGGCGACGGAACGGAACAUCGCAUUGGUGGAACUCCAACAGAUCUUGGCCCGCCUUGAAGUCCGAUCGAAGGCGGAAUUUGACAAAUUGGAGGCCUUGCGAGACCUCAUGCAGGGACCGAACGCAGCGGAUAUGGCCGGAAGGGUUAGCUCACUAAUUUCGACCUCCAACCCGGUCCAAACGGAGGAGGACAUCGAGCAGACGAAGGCCAUCAUCGAGCGGCUUCGGACGCUCUGA